CUUGUGUGAGCAAUCAUGGCGUACUCCGGUCUGACUGUGCCCAUCAUCGUCAUGACCGUAUUUUGGGGCUUUAUCGGCGCUGUGCUGCCGUGGUUUAUCCCGAAGGGACCCAACAGGGGGGUCAUCAAUACCAUGUUGGUUACGUGCUCAGUGUGCUGCUAUCUGUUUUGGCUAAUUGCUAUCCUGGCCCAGCUUAAUCCCCUGUUUGGACCACAGUUGAGUUCUGACACUAUUUACUACCUGAAAAAUCACUGGCCUUGAUUUAUUAAAGCAUUCUUCUGCAUGGAGUCUUCCAGGGCAGUGUUCGAAAUUUGCCUUAAAUCUACUGGCUGAAUACCAAACUUUCUCACAAAUGCCUUAAUCUUUGUAUAAUGGGAAGUUUUCCUGGCAUUGUAAAUUCCAUCCGUAAAGAUGCAGUAUUGUUCCUCCUUGUACAGAACUCUGUUUAAUAUCUACAUAUUCUCUGAUGAGGAGGUCAACGACUUUAACAAUUGCCUCAUAAAAUUAUUUUAGCUUGCAAAGAUGUUCCCCUUAUCUCAUGGUUUAUUUGUUUGAACUUCAGGAAGCUCUGUAGUUUAAUAUAUGAUAAUUAAAUCAUAUUGUGCUAAAGGUCUACAAUUUCCUUCCCUCUGGCACUGAAAGGGUCUCUGAAAACAGAACAUCUUAUUUAUUUAUCUUGAAUUUUCAUUCUAGUUUUUUUUUUUUUUUUGUUCCACACAAUUUUCUGUUAAGUACAUUCCGUUCUGACUGCUCUUUAUUGCCAUUUCAGUUCUCAGCCUGCCUUUGAUGCCAUGGAUGAAAAUUUUUUGUUUUUAUGAGAAUAAAAGUGGUUCAGUGUUAAA